UUCAUGGCUGAAUGAGUUUUUUUCUACGAUGAGAGGGCCCACGAUCCCUUUUUACUUCGCCCCUUCCUUGUCCUUUUCCCUUUCCCCUUCCCCUUCCCCUCCAUCUUCCUCACCCCGGACUAUGCGAUCGACUACACAUACUUCUUCUACAUCUAUAAGAGACGGGCGGUAGAGACACACACCACGUCACGGUGAAUUGCCUUCACUUCCGUCACCAGAAUUCCCCUCUCGACCAUCUAACCAUAUCCGGUACCCUCAAUCUCAUUUCACCCCCCAUCACCCAUCAUGCCCGCCGCCACUCCAAAUGGUCGCUCCCGCGCUGGAGCCAAGAAUUCCUCCAACUCCUUGAUGGUGAUUCUCAAGCUGUCUGGAGAUAAUCUCCAGCAGUUCGCCAGCCCCAAGAUCAAGAGCCAAAAUAAUACCCCCAACAUCAAAUCCAACGACAACUCCUCACCAGCUUCAUCCGCCGAGCUCCCUACCGUCCGUCCAUCUUCUGCCGACAAUGGCUCCGACGCCGAUGCCAUUUCUACACCCGCCACAGGGGCGACUGCAGACGAUACACCGCGUCGGAAGGGUGUUCCGGGUCCCAAGCCAGGCAACAAAAGAACAAAAGAACAAACUGACCCUACUGCAAAGUCACGGGGACGCCCUGGCCCCAAGAAGAAACCCAGACUUGAUGAAGGCGACGCCACUAAAAUCCCAGCCGCACAGCGCCUGGGACCAAAAGCCAAUACGGGAGCCAUCAACGCCGGUCUGCGCGCGCUAGACCGCACCGGAGCCGCGUGUCGCAAAUGGGAGCGCAAGCCCCUACAGCUACGCAGCUUCACCGGCAUUAUGUGGCAACUCCCCUCCUGGCGCACACCGGGUAUGUCCAAGUCCGAUGGCUCGGUCGAUGGCAAGGUCUCAGCAAUGGAAAGUGGCGACAGCGACACCAAGCCCAUGCUCCAUGCCCCCGGCACCGACACGGCCAAUGGCAGUAGUGCUGUGCCUAGUGAGAAGAGUAACUCCGGGGAUGGCGAUGUCACCCCUGCUUCUCAUCUAGUCGAGCCCUCGUCGCCGGCCAUUGCUAUGGCAGCCUGAAUAUGACUGUGACGAGUUCGAAUGGGGUUUCGUGCUGUACUUAUAGAUUUCGCGCGUCUACUGUUUCUUUGUUUUGGGUUUUAUGUCGGGGUUGGGUUUGGCGCUGGGGGGAACUGUUUAUGGCUAAUGGCUUUUCGGCACGAGGGCUUGUUUUUUUUAUGUGCACGGGGUUGUAGCCGGGAUCUGGCUUAUUUCACUCGGUAUGUGUGUUCUGUAUUAUAGCCCUUUUCUUCUUUUUUGGCUGGUAUCAGCUAUGUUUUUCUCUUCUGUUCGAGGAUCUUUGCUCUGGGAGCAUAACGCAGUUAAUUUCUCUCAAGUUCUCGGUGGUUAUACUCGAUGGUAUAGGGCUAUAUACUUGGAUCUACCUAGGUACCUAGUACUUGGAGGUAUACAUCUGAACAAAGUCCUUGUCUGCCCGACUCCUAGUAACACAGUAGCCGAGCCUUUAAUGUCUAAGUCCACAUCAGCUCGUGACAUUAUACUCUUCUCCCCUCUUUUCGUUCUCAUCCUUACUCCAUGCAAUAUCCGGAUUCCCCUUUCCCCGCAAUCUGUGCACCGAGAUUAUUG